AUGUAUUUCAACAACAAAGUUAUCAUUGCUUCAUUGGCAGUGUUGUUGUUGAGCAACUCACUGAUGUGUGCUGCUCAACAGAAGCCAUUCUAUUGCCAGGCUCCACCACCUCAACCAUCAAUGGAUACCACAGGAAUGACCUUGAAGAUGGUCCAAAUCCUAUUCAGACAUGGAGACCGCACACCACUUUACAAUCCAGGCGUUGGACAGAUCAAUGAGUGGGACUGUGGACUCUCAACUUACUUGUAUCCAUCAUUCACUGAACAGACUGAGAUCAAUGACUCACCAGUCCAGUUCAGAAGGGUUAAUAUGCCAGGCCGCAAUGUAUGGCCAGGUAACUGCACGAAUGGCCAGUUGACCAACCUCGGCUUUGCCCAGCAUCUCGAGCUUGGCCAGCAAUUCCGUCAACUCUACGUCGAUCAGUACCGUCUGCUGUCGCCCGAGUUCAACAUGGACGAGGUGUGGGUGCGCUCCACCGACGUCUACCGCACAUUCCAGUCGCUGCAGGCCCAGCUCUCUGGCCUCUACCCCAACCUCCAGGGCCAUGGCCGCACGGUCGACGCCAUCGACAUCCACACGAUGGACGACACCUACGAGAACAUGACACCCAACGACAACAACUGCGCCUACCUCAACACCCUUUACAACAACCUCACCUCUCUGCCCGCCUACCUGCAGUUUGAGAGCGAGACCGCACAGCUCAAGUCCACGGUCAUGUCGGCGCUUGGCGUCACCAGCUUCCCCGGCUGGUCCUCAUUCAUGGACUACUUCUUUGCCAACCUGUGCCACGACUUUCCGCUGCCCAGCGGCAUCACCGAGGACAUUGUCUGGCAGACGUACAACGCGUCCUACUACAGCGACAGCUACCCCUUCCACACCAACCAGGAGUACGGCCGUCUGGCCAUGUCCACGUUCCUCGAGGAGGUGGUCAUCAACAUCCAGAACUUCAUCAAGGGUGCCAACCCCACCAAGUACAUCCUGUUCUCGGGUCACGACGACUCGGUCGCACCAUUCGUCAACCUGUUCGGUCUCUACAACAUCUGGCCAGCCUAUGCCAGUCAUGUCGAGAUGGAGAUCUGGCAAGACAGCCAGGCUGAUUACUACCUGCAAUUCAAGUACAAUGGCGUCACCUAUGUGUUGCCAACAUGUCCAGGCAACAUGUGUCCAAUGGACACAUUCCUGUCAUUGGCAUACUCAAUCAUGGUUCCAAACUACACAACUAUCUGCAAUCAGAAUUAA